CGCGUUAGUUCAUCAGUUGAAUUGUCGAGAAACUGCAUCUCAGCUCAGCCCAGCCCUUCGAAGUUCAAUCCAUCAAGUGAAUACAGACACCAGACCCAGCUGCAUGAUACGCCAAUAAUGCGACUCCGUCAGAGUGUUCAUUUCUUCCUUUUUGGCAUGUUUGUUGGCUUAUCACUGAGUGGGCUCAUUUUAUUGAGUUACACCAGUUGGUUUAGAAAUAAACAAAUGGACGAAUUAGGUGGGACAGACAUUGUUUCUAUGACACCAUGGUUAGCCCCAGUUGUUUGGGAGGGAACCUUUGACUCCAUAAUGAUUGACUCUAUCUUCAAACAACAAAACAUCACUAUAGCGACCACUGUCUUCGCUUUGGGAAAAUACACACGUUUCCUCAAAGAUUUUCUGGAGUCAGCGGAGGAGCAUUACUUUGUUGGAUUUCGAGUGCAUUACUACUUGUUUACGGAUCAACCAGAAGCAGUUCCUGAAGUAAAGAUGGGUGAAAAUCAUCAUUUGACAGUUCGGAGGGUUCCGAGUUUGGACCGAUGGCAGGAUAUAAGUAUGGGCAGGAUGGAAAUACUAGAAAAACUAAUAAAGAACGAACUGGCCAAUGAAGCUGACUAUAUUUUCUGCCUGGACAUGGAUACAAAGUUCUAUGGCCGCUGGGGGGCGGAGUCUUUGGGUCGCCUGGUCGGUGUGAUACAUCCUUGGUUCUUUGAUUAUCCAAGAGAUCAGUUCUCAUAUGAGCGUAGACCAGAGUCUCAGGCAUUCAUUCCAGCUGGGGAAGGUGAUUAUUAUUACACUGCUGCUGCAUUUGGUGGCUCAUUGGAUGAUGUACAUCAUCUCACCAAAACCUGCUGGGAACAGCUGAACAUUGAUGCUGCAAACUCCAUUGAGGCGAUAUGGCACGAGGAGUCUCACUUGAACAAGUAUUUCCUUUAUAACAAACCCAGUAAACUUCUCUCUCCUGAAUAUCUGUGGCGAGACAUCAGUAUCAGUGCAGGCCAAGUUAAAAAAAUUCGCUUCUCUCACGUAGCUAAAAACAAUGCAGAAGUUCGUCCAAACUUCUAGCAAGUUUAAUUUAACAUCA